GGGAGGGUGCGGGGCUGGCCGGGGCCGCCCGACGGGCAGGUUGGUCCCGCUGCGCUGGAAGGUGCUGCUUCCCUCAGCCCAGGAGCCCGGGGGCGGCUUCCGCCGGCUGUCUGGCUGAUGUUGACUGGUGCUGGGAUGCAUGAUGGAGCCUGUAACCCUUUCAGAACCACAGUCCCCCUUACAAAACAACUUGCCCACAUCACCAAAGAAAUUUCAUGUUCUGGUGGGAGUUACUGGAAGUGUGGCUGCCCUGAAGUUGCCGCUUCUUGUCUCAGGAUUGCUGGAGGUUCCUGGGGUGGAAGUGCAGGUGGUCACCACUGAGAGGGCAAAGCAUUUUUACAACCCCCAGGAGAUUCCUGUAACUCUCUACAGUGAUGCUGAUGAAUGGCAGCUGUGGAAAGACCGCUCAGACCCAGUCCUCCACAUUGACCUGAGACGCUGGGCUGACCUGAUGCUGGUGGCUCCUCUGGAUGCAAAUACACUGGCAAAGAUAGCAAAUGGGAUCUGUGACAACUUACUGACCUGUGUCAUCCGUGCAUGGGACAUGACCAAACCUUUGCUGUUCUGCCCUGCGAUGAACACAGUGAUGUGGGAACAUCCUAUCACAGCUGAGCAGAUAGAGCGACUGAAGGGCUUUGGCUACACAGAGAUUCCUUGUGUGGUGAAGAGGCUGGUAUGUGGAGAUGAAGGUCGAGGUGCCAUGGCAGAAGUAUGGACCAUUGUGGAGAAGGUGAAGAUGACCUUUUCAGAGAGGGACUUGCCAACACAGAGCUGAUCCCUUGAUGUCAGUUGCGUAUCUUCCUCCUCCUUGAUAGCUUUUUCAGUGUGAGGAUGAAAACAGCAAGAGCUCAGAUGGGAUGGCAUGAACUUUUGAAGCGCUGCCUUCAGCUGAGAGGACAAGUGCUUGUAUCUUGGAGCCCCCAGCUGUGGCUCCAAAACCUGAUGCAUUGGUAUCAGGACCUUCUGGAACUGAAGCCAAGUUUAUAUAUAUGAGUGUGCUAGGGCCCUGUGCCAUCCAUGUAUAUAUAUGGAUCUUCAUAAACAAAAGAAGUUAUAUUGUACAAAGCCAGUAGUCCCGGGUUAUUUUUUAUGGAAUAAUUUCAAAGACACUGGAUAAAGAUUCUCCCGUCUGCUCCAGGCUUAGCAUCUUCACAUAGGAGUCAGAGAAGGCCUGGUAUAAAAUCACAGUUGUUGAGAAUGGUCCCAGCUUCUUCCAGGAAGAGACCCUUUAAGGACUAAAAGAAGAGCACUGUUGUUGAAAACCUUGUACAGCAGCUGCUCCCACCUUCCCCUUUUCAUCAAGAGGCAUUGUCCUAAAGAAUUUAUAUUUCCCUACUGGCAUAUAGUGAGACAGCUCCUAAUGUACAUCCAAGGAGCUGUUUGCCUUUUUCUUUGGAUCUGAUCUUAGUGCCUGAUUUGCAAUCUCUAAAUUUAUUUGAAUGUAUUGUUAAUGCCAGUGGAGGAAAAUACGUGACCGAAAGAGAGAAUUCAUGGCCCUGAAGGCGUCUUUGCCCUUUGGUAUCUAUUGAUGCGUAAGGAUGUAGACAUCAAAUGAAAACCAAAAUGAACUCUUGGUAUCACCCUUUGGGUGUACCAGGGCUUGGGAUCAACACAUUUGGCCAUUUUGGAAAGUCUGGGAUAGCUGUUUGGGGGAAACUAAACUUAACUUUGACAUCCCUCUUCAGAUGGAAAAUUAACUGGAGGAGGAGGUUGGGAAAUCCUGAUGGCUAACACCUCGGGUUAUGUUAGUCGGGGGCCCUACAGUUCAACCUGCUCCUUUGAAACAUGAACUUAUCACCUGAGGGAGUUGGGAAUGAACUGGGGAGGGGGUGUGGUUAGUGCCCUUCCUUGUACACACCAUGGAGUUCGUUUACAGAUCCUAGAGUUUGAGUUUAUUUUUAACUAAUGUCAGUCAAAUAUAAGGCUGUCAGCACAGAGUGUGUUUCCUGCAUUUGGAGCAACCUUCACGCGGUGUAGCCCGAGGGAAAGGUUAUCUCCAAAUGUGUGGUUUCCUUAUCGAUUCCACACUAAAAUGUCUGAGCUUUCCCACAUUCGCUGCUUUCCUGAGGAUCAGACCCUGUGGGGUCUGGAGUUGCUGGGGAUAAGGGCAGGAGGGAGCAUUGCAGCCUUACAAGUAGCAGGAAUAUCUUGGUAGCGUGCUCCAUUGUAGCAGUAAGAAUUUUGCUGGCAAAGGGAUGUUUAAAUGGCUUCUAAUCCUGUCUCCUGCCACUAGCAGUAGCAUAUUGCUGGCAGUGUUGUCUUAUGCUGGUGAAUGACUGUAGAGCGAUGCUUAUGUUUAUGGAACAUGUCUUUAUACUGUUAGAUUGUUAUAAAGCUUUUAUGAUACUGACACAAGAUCAGAGCCAAAGCCCACUGACAUCACCUGGGAAGACUUGGAUCAGGUCUUCACUGUGUGUUACAGGAUCUUUGGGUGCGGAUAUGACACAUGAUUGCUACAGAGUAUUUUACCCCACUUUUUACUCCCCCUAGCUGGCUGUCUAGCAGGUUUAUUGCAGUGUGUGGCCACUAGGUGGCAGAAAGCCAGUUUGAAUUGAACAGAAGGCUAGCUGCAGUGAACCCACUAAGGAAGCGAACAGGCACCAGCCUCAUUUAUACUGAUACACAGUUACUCACUUUCUGAGGGCCAAAUUUACCUCAGAGUAGAGUGACUUACACUGGUGCAAGUCUGUGUCAUGUAUCCACUGCCCUUUUGUUAUUGAGUAAGGACAAUUUACUGUAUAGAAAAUGCAUUAGGUGUCAGCAUCCUUUAAAAAAAAAAAAAAAAAGUCUUAUGGUUACAGUAGGAGUCAGGACUUCUGGUUUCAAUUACUGACUUCCAAGCCCAUACAAUAAGUCACUUACCCUCUCUCUGCUUCAAUUUCCUCAUCAAAAAUGACAGAUUACAAAAUUACUUUAAGAAGGUAUUUGUUGAGAGGACUAAUUAGUUAAUGCUUGUAAAGCACUUGCAAAUCCUCAAAUCAAAGGAAUUAAUUAUACAUUAAAGUAGAGCUUAAUGCACAGCACAGGGGAGGGAGGAAGGGGAAAAUAUGAGCAGUGGGAUGAUUAGCAAUAUGUAAAGAAGAAAUGCCUAAAACAAUUCAGGCUGACAUUUAUUUCUAAGCGAUAACAUCCUGCUCUGUUUUAUGGCUGUUACAAAAUUAGACAUCAGUGUGCCAGUGCAUGAUCCUUUGUGUAAUUGUUGCUUGGUACCUCAAAUAAAUGCUUUUUAAAGGUA